AUGCCUUUUGUCUUUGGGGCCAUCACCUUGACGCUGAUCUUUGAGGCAGCGGGGCUUGUCGGGGGGUGGGCUCUAGUGGUCUCCGGGGUCCUGGAGCUGGUGAUCCUCAUGUGUGGGCUUUAUGGAGCGGCAUCCUUGCUCCUGAAAGGUGUCAUGCAACGUUACAUCCUCAAGGGCUUUGGGACCCCCCUUUUUGAUGUGCUGCUCCUGGGGACGGCCAACAACAGCAACUCCCAAAAAAUAGGAGAAGAAAAGAAGAAGAACACCCAAUAUGCUGAACCCAUGGCACUGGGAUACCUGUGCGACACAAUCUCUCCUUUCAUCUUUGCCGCCUUCUGCUUUGGCUACCUACCAUCCUUCUUUGUGGGCACUAUUUGGGUUACUAUCAACACUUUCUCCCAGCUUUUCUCCAGUUACUAUGCCUACCUACGAAAAGACGUCUACCACACAACCAAGUUUUGUCUGCACAGCACCUACUGGCUGGUGAAGUCAUGGGAGGAGUUUGUGCUGUCAGUUCUCAUCGACAGAGAGGGAGCGGUCAGCGGGCGAGAAAGGAUGGUUGGUGACUGGUUCUUCCUAGCGACCGCCAUUGUUCUCUGCUUGAUGUCACUCAACAUGGAUGUGCUAGAGGUGGCCCAUAACUUGCUAUUCCUCCUGCUCACAGUAUCCACAAUCUCCCAGAUCCCACUGGGGGACUACUACAUCUUCUUUGGGGUGAUCUGUAGCUUGUUCACAGCCCUGUCUCUCUACGGUACCUUUGCCCGACUCAUCAAUUCCAUAGGGGAGAAGACCUUGAUCCCUGUUGGGGUGCAGCCACUAUCCACAGAGAAGCUCCAGGAUGUUCUGGGACUCAUCAAACGGUGCUGGGUGAAACCCCAAGACCUCCCUCUCAGCACCGUUACAGAGCUACCUGAUGCCCUUUUCUAUGUGACCAAUGGCAUAGCUGCCCUCUCUGCCAUCCACAGCCAGGACGUGCACCCCACCAUCCUCCAUCUCACCGUCCCCUGGGUACUGAUCCCUGGAGCAAUCAUCCAGGUUUACGUGAGCCGACUGGACAUCCAGAAGGGAAGGCACUUUGGGCCCAUUAUCCCAUCCUGCUAUGCUGCCAUCUGGGCUACCUGGACCUGGUAUCGGUUUGCAGGUGUGUUACUUGGCAUUUCUACUGAUUUUGCUGGUGGAUUCACAGCUGGGGCUGUAGCUUUCUUGGUAAUUAAUGGCUUCCUAAUGAUUAUAGGUGCCUAUGUAAAUGUUGUGCUGCUGUUGCUGACUCUUGUCAUGGAGGUGAUUGUGGUGUGUUUCCUGCUCUCCACACUGGACAGACUGCCUUACCAACUGGAAAUUGUGAUGCUGGCCAUCUUCUCUUUGAUCUGUUUGUAUGGUACUCUGGCCUCCCUUGGAAAUUCCAUCUUCACAAAGGAGCUGCUGCCUCUCGGGCCCCCACUGCUGAAGGCUACACAGGAAAAAGCUGACAAAACUCCCCCUCCUCCUCCUUGUUCCAUCACCACCUCAAGAAAGACUAGUGGGCUGCUGAGCAUCUCAAAACUCUUGGAUGCCAGUGGGGUCUGUGGUGUUCCCACCGAUACUGUGUACGCAUUGGCAGCAUCCUGCAAACACCCACAGGCAAUAGAGAAGAUCUACAAUAUCAAGGAUCGCCCACGCUAG